CUCUGUUGGGUUUUGGUUCUUUUUGUUGAAAUUUAGUGUUUUGAGGUUUGUUUUGAAUGGUAAGAUUUUGUAUCUGGGAAGCUUUGUUCUUGAGCAAGCUUUCCAUUGUUAUUCUUGUGCUAGUUGGGAGGUGAAAUUCACAGCUAAAUACAUUUUGGGAUUUUAAGGAGAUCUUGAAUGUGCAUAACAAAGUUCCCUUGAGCGUUUAAAGUUCAGAUUUUGUGUCAUUUUGGUCAAGGUUGCAGCUUUUACUGGUUUCUAUGUUGCGAAGACGACUUUCGAUUUAUAGGAAUAGAGAGUCGUGACUUCAAUUCCCUUUCCGUUGAGAUUUAGAUCAUUGUUUGAAGGGGAUAUAUUGUUAAGAAAUAAAUGUAUGGAUCGAAGGGAAGCUAUGAUGUUACCUGGAUCCGCUCCUUACUAUAUGCAGAGAGGGAUGAGUGGGAGUGGGAGCGGGACGGGGAAUGCCCCUGGUUUUCAGGGAUCACCAAGCAUUAGUCCUUCAUUAGCUGCUGGUAAUAUUGCCUUUCAAUCUAGUAGUAGCGGCGCUCCGAUUCCACAAACGCUAGUAAUGGAUCCUUCAUCAACUAUGUCACCUAGAGGUAGUAUUGGUGCAUCAUCAUCAGUCCCACAAGGUGAGCCUGUUCGCAGAAAGAGGGGUAGGCCUCGGAAGUAUGGAGCUCAAGGGGCGAUGUCCUUGGCUCUGAAUCCACCUCCAUCUACUCAGGCAAUGUCAUUAAACCCAACUCAGAAGAGGGGUAGAGGAAGGCCACCAGGGUCUGGACGAAAGCAGCAACUCGCUUCUUUUGGU